CCGUGGGCACUCCUGGAGUCCCUCCUGGUAGAGGCUGAGAAUUAAAGAUCAGGAACAAGGAGGGGGAGUGGCUUCCCAGAUGUGUAGAGCUUAUGAGGCAAUGGAGAGGUAAGAGAGCCAGCCUCAGCCACCUUCAGCUUCCUGCAGGAAAUGGCCAAAGGGAGACGCUUCAACCCGCCUUUAGACAAGGACGGAAGAUGGUUCCCUCACAUCGGACUCACACAAAAGACACCAGAAUCCAUCACAAAGGCUAUGUUAAAAGAGCCCCACAGUCCACGUUUGUCUCGGCAAGUGGAAGGGAAGCUACCACCAAUCUACAAAGUCCGAGAGCAGCAAGCAGUAAACAACAACUUCCCCUUCUCCGUUCACGACAAUCGGCACAGCUUUCAGGACUCUGGAUAUUACCUUGACUCCGGCCUGGGACGUAGGAAGAUCUCCCCAGAAAAAAGGCAACACGUUUCAAGAAAUUUCAAUCUUUGGGCGUGUGACUAUGUUCCAUCUUGUCUUGACGGCUUUUCAAAUAACCAAAUAUCAUACGUCUAUCAGGAAGCCAUGGUGGUCCCAAUUUUCAGACGCUUUCCAAGACAUUAUGAUGAGAUAUGGAGUGCUUUUAAAUUUAUUCCUGAGCGAAGCUAUACGGAGUUUUUGAAAAAGAAUCCAAAAAUAAGGUUUGCAAUUGACAAAAAAGCCGGUUCUCCACUGGAGCCAUAAUCCU